AUGAGUAACACGGAUUUCUUAGGAAGGGCGAUUGAUACCGUCAAGAAAGCAAUCGAGAAUGACAAUGAGGGCGAAUAUGAGAAGGCUUAUCAGCUGUACUACUCCUCACUGGAGCUGUUCAUGCUCGCUCUGAAGUGGGAGAAAAACCCUCGCUCCAAGGAGAUGAUUCGCGCCAAAACAGGAGAGUAUAUGGAUCGCGCAGAGAAGUUGAAGAAUCAUUUGGCUUCGUCGGACGAUAAGAAAAAACCAAGUGCCGUAGGCGCGAAUGGCAAGGUCGCGCAAGGAAGCGGGAAAGGAAAAGAAGACGAUGAUAAUGGCGAAGACGCGGAUUCGAAAAAGCUCCGGUCCGCACUCCAGGGUGCUAUCUUGUCCGACAAGCCGAAUGUCAAGUGGGAGGAUGUUGCUGGCUUGGAGAAUGCAAAGGAAGCUCUAAAAGAGGCUGUCAUCCUUCCUAUCAAGUUCCCACAUUUGUUUACAGGCAAACGGCAACCUUGGAAGGGAAUCUUGCUCUAUGGGCCACCCGGUACCGGAAAGUCUUAUCUUGCCAAAGCCGUUGCUACUGAGGCGAACAGUACUUUCUUCAGUGUCAGCAGUAGUGAUCUGGUUUCUAAAUGGAUGGGUGAAAGUGAAAGACUUGUGAAGCAGCUCUUCACUAUGGCUCGUGAAAACAAGCCAGCGAUCAUCUUCAUUGAUGAGGUCGAUGCCCUCUGUGGACCUCGUGGUGAAGGUGAGUCUGAGGCAUCUCGGCGUAUCAAGACCGAGCUCCUCGUUCAGAUGGACGGUGUUGGAAACGAUUCAAAGGGCGUCCUGAUCCUGGGAGCAACCAAUAUUCCUUGGCAGCUGGAUGCUGCUAUUCGUCGUCGAUUCCAACGAAGAGUCCACAUCAGUCUGCCGGAUUUCAAUGCACGGAUGAAGAUGUUCAUGCUGGCUGUGGGCUCCACGCCGUGCCAUAUGACCCAGACGGACUACAAGACUUUGGCUGAGAUGAGCAAUGGCUACUCUGGUAGUGAUAUAAGCAUUGCCGUGCAGGAUGCACUGAUGCAGCCUAUCCGCAAGAUCCAAACAGCAACACAUUAUAAGAAGGUUAAUGAUGAAGGUGUUGAGAAAUUCACACCUUGCUCGCCUGGCGAUGCUGGAGCAACGGAGAUGACCUGGCUUGACAUCGAAGCAGAUCAACUCCUUGAGCCCCCACUUGUCCUCAAAGACUUCAUUAAAGCUGUUCGUAACUCUCGGUCUACUGUCAGCCAAGAAGAUCUCACAAGGAACUCGGAAUGGACAAAAGAGUUUGGUAGCGAGGGAGCAUAA